AUGGGCCUCCCGAUUCACGUCUACCCUCUGUACGAAAAUGCUCGCCGUGCGCACAGGCGACAGUCGGCGGCCGAGAAUGCCGUCGAGGCCGCCAACAUGUAUGCCGAGUUUGACAGAGUCGGGUCCGAGAACGUCUACUCGUGGAACUUCCAGCAGCCUCCGAAGACGGCCGAGCAAAUCGGACGCGUGUCCGGCAAGAACAGGAUGAUUUGCGAACCGUAUCCCCUGUUGAUGAACGCCUUCAACGGCGUCAACCUGUCGGCCGCCUGCAUCCUCACGUCGACGGAAAACGCGAAGCGGCUGGGCAUCCCCGAUGAGAAGUGGAUUUACGUCCUGGGCGGCGCCGGCACGCACGAAAAGGACAAUUUCUGGGAAAGACGACAUUUGCAUUGCAGCGAGGCCAUCGCAAAGUCCAUCGAUGCAGCGAUGGACGUCUCGGGCCUCUGGACGAGCGACAUUGACUGCUACGACUUCUACUCGUGUUUUCCAAUUGUUCCAAAGCUUGCCUGCGAUCACGUCGGCCUCGCCACCACGUCAUGCGGCAAGCCCAUCACGCUGCUGGGGGGCCUAACCUCAUUCGGCGGUGCCGGAAACAACUACUCCAUGCAUGCCAUCACGGCCAUGGCACGAGCACUGCGGGCCAAGAGGCACAAGACCGGUCUCAUCCUGGCCAACGGCGGCAUGCUCACGCACCAGCACGCCCUGUGCUUGUCGGCCCAGCCACGCGGGGACGGGCGAUCCUAUCCCGCGCGGAAUCCGCUGCCAGAGGUUGUCGACGAAUACAGCCCGCCCUUGGCCGAGGCGGCAGAGGGCGCGGCCACCAUUGAGACGUAUACCGUCGAGUACAACCGUGACGGCACGCCGGGAACAGGCCUCAUUGUGGGCAGGCUUCGAGGAACGGGCAAGCGGUUCCUCGCCAACCACGGCGACGACCAAACGCUGUCGCAGCUGGCGGGGGCAGCUUCAGAGCAGGUUGGAAGGACGGGGAGAGUAACCACGGGAGAGGACGGCCGGAACCUGUUUUUCCUCGACGCAAAGACGAAACUCUAG